AUGGAAAAUGACGAGCCUCACUUUACUCCUCUGGACAGGGGAGGGAGUUUAUACAGUGAUAAGCGUCAACAUCUACCCAAAGAUAACGAAGAAAUCGAACUUGUUGAAUAUCCUAGCGCACAAGACGGCCAAGCUCCUGAAUCGCAUUUAACAGAGAGGGACAGAAAAAGGGCGGAAAAGAGAAAAAGACUCGAGGAGGCAGAUGAAAUGAAGUUCUCCCAUAGUAUUCAGUUCAAUGCUGUUCCAGAUUGGAGUAGUCAUUACAUUGCUUAUAGCAAUCUGAAGAAGUUGAUAUACCAACUCGAGAAAAAUAUUCAUCGUCCUUCUACUGCCGCCGAAGAUGCCGAAAACUCUCCUCUUAUAAGAGCGGUCGAAGAUCCAGAUGCUAUCUUUCGCAGAGCGCUGGAUGCGGAAUUGGAAAAGAUAUCUUCUUUCUAUGAAUUGAAGGAGCGCGAGAUUUUUGGCGAGGUAUCGGAACUAUUGAAGGAGGAAGAGGCAUUUGACGCCGAAGUUUUGGAAAACAAUCAAGCAGAUGGAAUGAAUGGAUCAGAUGGCGUUGGUCAUCCAAGAACCUCCAGCAGCGAUCGUCCGCGACAAGGUAGCAUUUUUAAGCCUUUCGUUCCAAAGGGAAGGCGGCGUUCAAGCACAAUGAGUCGAUCAAUAGAUGAAGGCGCGGAAGAUAGUGAUGAUGAUGAUGACGAUGAGAAUACCGCGCUGCGCAAAACAUCCAGGCCAACAAAUCAACGAAGCAAAAGCUCUCCUUAUGAUGCGAAUACUGGGAGACCUGGAACUAUCGAGGAUAUGCGUGCUUCAGCAGAGUUGAUCAAGCCCGGACGAAGGAAUAGCCAUAACUAUGAGGAUUUCGCGGAGCAAGCUUUCAAUGCAUUAUAUUCGUCGGGAAUUACGUUGAAAAAGCGCGCCGUGGGCUUAUAUGUCUCACUCUGUGAACUGAAAUCCUUCGUUCAGCUUAAUCAGACAGGUUUCAAAAAAGUUUGCAAGAAAUAUGACAAGAUCUUGUACAGAAAUCUGAAGUCUAAAUACCUCCAGGAUGUGGUAGCUCCCGCAUAUCCUUUUCGACCGGAAACACUUAAACACAUUGAGGAAAAUAUAUCACGAAUCGAGCGCAUGUAUUCCAAUGUGGUAACUCAAGGGGACGUCGACAUGGCCAAAAAGGAAUUACGAUCACAUCUACGAGAACAUGUUGUUUGGGAAAGAAAUACAGUCUGGAGGGAAAUGAUUGGUAUUGAGAGAAAAGCUCAGGCUGCGAAUAUGGGUAUCCGCAGAACUUUACUUGGUGCGGAUAAUGAUCCAUCCAAACUCCGAUUACAAGGGGAUGAUGCCGAUAUACCUGACAUGAAGGAACUUUCAACACCAGUUGGAAGGGUGAAAUGUCCAAGAUGGCUCUUCAGUUCGACGAUGUUCACAUUGAUUGGAAUUAUCACUGUCUUUAUUCUACUACUGCUUAUUCCAAUCAUGGAGAAGCCAGAGCAGCAAAAUUGUUUAGCAAUGCUGAUAUUUGUCAGUUUGUUAUGGGCUACUGAGGUCAUACCCCUCUUCGUUACAUCUCUCAUGAUUCCCUUCCUCUGUGUACUUCUUAAAGUGGUCCGCUCUGAUGAUAAACCUCAUCAUCGAUUGGAAGCUCCAGCCGCUGCGAAGUAUAUCUUUUCCGCAAUGUGGACUCCAGUCAUCAUGUUACUACUUGGUGGAUUUACAGUAGCAGCAGCAUUAUCAAAAUAUGACAUUGCUAAGAGAAUUGCCACUUUCGUCCUAAGUAAAGCGGGAACAAGGCCAAGAACAGUACUUAUCACCAACAUGUUCGUAGCAGCUUUUGCAAGUAUGUGGAUUAGUAAUGUUGCGGCACCUGUUUUGUGCUUCUCAAUCAUCCAGCCUAUGCUUCGCAAUCUUCCUUCUGAAUCUCAAAUGUCGAAAGCAGUCAUUCUUGGCAUUGCACUUUCGUCUAAUAUUGGUGGAAUGCUCUCUCCCAUUGCAUCUCCUCAAAAUAUUGUCGCCCUUCAGAUUAUGUCUCCACAACCAGAUUGGGGUACUUGGUUCUUCAUCGUCUUGCCAGUUGGUAUAAUUUCCAUUGUCCUUAUUUGGAUUCUUUUACUUCUUACCUUCAAGCCUGGCCGUGGAACCACAAUUGUUCCCAUUCGUCCAGUCAAGGAUGCAUUCUCUGGUGUUCAAUGGUUUAUUACCCUUGUCACUUUGGGUACCAUCGUUCUUUGGUGUGUAAGUCAUCAACUCCAAUGGAUCUUUGGUGAUAUGGGUGUGGUCGCUAUCAUUCCAAUUAUUUUAUUCUUCGGAACUGGUAUCCUAACUAAGGAGGAUUUCAAUAAUUUCUUAUGGACGAUUAUAAUUCUUGCUGCCGGAGGACUUUCCCUUGGUAAAGCUGUCAAUUCAUCUGGAUUGUUACAUACUAUUGCUGGUGAAAUUACUGCGAGCGUUGAAGGAUUCAGUCUUUAUAGCGUACUCGUCGUAUUUUCUUGCCUUGUCUUGGUUGUUGCGACUUUCAUUAGUCAUACUGUCGCAGCUCUCAUCAUUCUCCCAUUAGUUCAUAGUGUAGGUGCAGGCAUGGAAGAACCACAUCCUAAUCUUUUGGUCAUGGGUGCUACAUUAAUGUGUAGUGCUGCUAUGGGAUUACCUACUAGUGGAUUCCCUAACAUGACAUUGGCAGCGAGAAGCAGCGAGAAGCAGCGAGAAAGUUAG